UUACACGCACCUUAUUCUCUUUCUCUUUUCUCUCGUGACCCGCCCUCCUUAUAUUUAGCGCUUAACGCCAACAACUACUUACAACACUCCAUCAUGAACCCCUCUUCUCUUCUUCUUCAUCUCCUUCUCUUAACUCUCUUAAUUUCCGAAUUGCCAUUGUUUCAAUCGAGCUACCAUGACUAUUCUCAAGCAUUAUCUAAAUCUAUUCUUUUCUUUGAAGGCCAAAGGUCUGGUUAUUUACCGCAGGACCAACGCAUUACUUGGCGGGCCAAUUCGGGCCUUAGCGACGGCUGGACUUACAAUACGGACCUUACCGGCGGAUACUAUGACGCCGGUGAUAAUAUCAAAUUCGGAUUUCCGAUGGCAUUCACUACAACAAUGUUGGCUUGGAGCGUUAUUGAAUUCGGAAAUUUGAUGCCUCCUAAUGAACUUAGAAAUUCUUUGGUCGCUAUUCGUUGGGCUACAGAUUAUUUGCUCAAGACGGUUUCUCAGCCUAAUCGGAUUUUUGUUCAGGUAGGGGAUCCAAAUGCUGACCAUAUUUGUUGGGAGAGACCAGAAGAUAUGGACACUCCUAGAACCGUCUAUGCUGUGGAUGCACCUAAUCCAGCGUCAGAUGUUGCCGGUGAGACUGCAGCAGCUUUGGCGGCUUCAUCCAUGGCCUUCCGGUCAUCGGACCCUGGAUAUGCCGAUACAUUGUUAAGAAAUGCUGUUAAAGCAUUUCAAUUUGCUGAUAAUUACAGAGGAGCUUAUAGUGACAACUCUGACAUUAGAGAUGGGGCCUGCCCUUUCUACUGUGAUUUUGAUGGCUAUCAAGAUGAAUUGCUGUGGGGAGCAGCUUGGCUUAGGAGGGCAUCUUACGAUGAUACUUACCUUAGUUACAUACAAAACAAUGGCAAAACACUUGGUGCUGAUGAAAAUAUUAAUGAAUUUGGUUGGGACAACAAGCAUGCUGGUCUAAAUGUUCUUGUGUCCAAGGAAGUACUGGAAGGAAACAUGUACUCGUUAGAAUCAUACAAAGCAUCAGCAGAUAGCUUCAUGUGCACCCUUAUACCUGAAUCAUCCUCCUCUCACAUUCAGUACACUCCCGGGGGCCUCAUUUACAAGCCAGGAGGCAGCAACUUGCAACAUUCUACGACAAUUUCAUUUCUACUGCUUGUUUAUGCAAACUACUUAGAAAGAACAUCUCAAUCUGUCAAUUGUGGCAAUGUCAAUGUCAGUCCAUCUUCCCUUCGUCAACAGGCUAAGAGGCAAGUUGAUUACAUUUUAGGAGACAAUCCAUUGGGAUUAUCUUAUAUGGUUGGUUAUAGUAAUAAUUAUCCUCAACACAUUCAUCAUCGUGGUUCAUCAUUACCAUCGGUUAAGGAUCAUCCUGAAUUUAUCGCUUGCAAAGAGGGUUCGAUUUAUUUUAAUUCAACAAACCCUAACCCCAAUAUACACGUCGGAGCAAUUGUGGGCGGUCCUAGCAAUGAUGAUUCAUAUGCGGAUGAUCGAGCUGAUUAUAAGAAGUCUGAGCCGACUACAUAUAUUAAUGCACCAUUUGUUGGUGUGCUCGCUUAUUUUGCAGCAAACCCUAAUUUUAGUUGAAAAAAAAUACACAUGCUAUUUUUGUAUAUAAGCCAAUAUUUAUUGGCAUUACAAAGUAUAGGGGGAAAAAAAGAAUGUCUCUCAUCUUUGGGAAAGUGAAGAGGGUAGAGGCUUGUUAUAGGCGUUGAAUUUGAGAAGUUGAAUCACAAAACCUUAUUGUGAGUUUUUUGAAAAGUGUGUAUAAGGAGCUAACUUUGAGAUGUAAAAUCUCAACAUAGCUUCAAAUUUGAUGAAGGAAAUGAAAAAUUUCAAUUUCAUUCAAA